AUGGCGGACGUCGUCGAGAUUCACGGUGGGAAUGAUUUCGAGGAUGAUACGGAGGGUGACCAUGGAAUCAUGCGUCUUAAGGAGCAGGCGACCAAACGCAAGGGUCGGGGUUUCAGAGGAGAACUAGUUGCGCAUGCUCAGGAGGAGGAAUUCGAGUCUCUUAAAACAGAUGAUAAUGCUUCUGCAACGGGUCCCCAACGUUCUAUCGAGGGUUGGAUCGUAUUUGUUCGAAACGUCCACGAAGAGGCUACUGACGAAGACAUUCGAGAUAAGUUCUGUGAAUACGGAGAAAUCAAGAACAUCCAUCUCAAUCUAGAUCGACGGACCGGCUUUUUGAAAGGUUAUGCAUUGGUUGAGUAUGAGACUUUUAAAGACGCCAAUGCUGCUCUCCAGGCCUUGAAUGGUAGUGAACUGCAUGGACAGAAGAUUUUGGUUGACUGGGCUUUUGUGAAGGGCAACAGCCGCGGCAACGGUAAUAGUCGAAGGCCUGGUCAUCGGCACGGAGGCAGUGGCAAUCAGCGCCGUGUCAGCCGUUCUCGAAGCCGCAGCCAUUCAAGGUCUCGAGAUAGGGCCCGCAACUGA